AAUCGCAGCUUCUCUUCCCCUCAUAAAGCCAACCUUAAACCCAACCACCUAACAGCCGACCCCACAUCAACCCACCUCUCUCAUUCCAACAGCUGUACCUCCUGUCUCCUUUCUCCCAUCAAGUUUCUCUUUUCCCCAACCACCAUCGAACUUCUUCUUCUCUUCCACUUGAGAUUGGCGAUUUUGAAUCUUUUUUUGAGGGAAUUAUAUGGCGUCUCCUAUUACAAUCAUAUGUUUUGACUAUGGAGGAAGUUACAUCAAGGAUGGGGCUGAUAUAAAGUGGAUCUCGGGAGAAGAUCAAAUUCACACUCUAGUGAUGAAAAAAUCUGUGGAAGAGGUUACAUAUUCUGAAUUGGUCGAGUGUAUAUGCAGAAAGAUUAAGGCAAAUGGAGAUGGGAUGGUGAAGAUUAGUUACUUUCCAUUGGUAUUGUAUUCCAACAAGCCAUCAUAUAUUUGGAGUGAUGAAGACGUUUUGGGUUAUCUCAUGCAAGUAAAUCAUGAUAAAUGUAGAAGUGUUUUACAUGUGGAGAUUAGCAGUGACAUGGAUGAUACAUAUGGUGGUCUGCCGCUUUCAGGAGAUGGUGAAACUGAUGAAAGCUAUGUUGGUCUUUCUGAUGGAGAGGAUACUGAUACCGAGGAAGAUGAAACUGAUGAAGAUGAGUCUGAGGAAGAUGAGACUGAGCAAGAUGGAGAUGAGCAAGAUGGAACAAAUCAUGAUCAUGAGAUGGAUGGCAUGGUCACGCUUUACACAGCUGAACAACAUGAAAACUUUGAGUUGCAUGAGAAUUUAGAGCACGGGUAUGAAGGAACAGAAGUCGGAAUGGAAGUUGAAGCUGCAAGAGAGGGAGUUGAAGCCACAACAGUUGUAGAAGAAGAAUGGGAUGAUGGUCUUGAUUUGGUUAAGGGUCAAGAAUUCAGAACUAAGACAGCCAUGCAAGUUCUAGUUCAGAGGGGUGCGCAUAAGAAUGGUUUUGAGUAUGACACACUUAAGUCCGAUACUGGGAGAUUUGUGGCAAGAUGUCGAGGAGCCAAAGAAGGUUGCAAGUGGUAUUUGCGUGUAGUAAAGCUUAAGAAUUCAGAUCUUUGGACGGUUAGAACUUACGUCAAGUCUCAUACAUGCUCAGUGGUAACUACAAGUACCCUUAGAAAUGGAAGGAGAGGCACACCACAGGUCGUUGCAUCUGUUUUGGGUGAAGAAUAUCCCGGUAGAUAUGACACACCAAGAUCAAGUGUCUGA